UCCGGUCCGGACCAGGACCAGAACUCCGGUCUGGACCAGCAGGAACCAGAACCUCUGCAGGUUAAAGAGGAACCGGAGGAACUCUGCGUCAGUCGGGACGAGGAGCAGCCGGCUCUGAAGAGGGAGACGGACACCUUCAUGCUGACGUCCAGGUACCAGGAACGGGACUUCCCCGACCCGGAACCCGACGCCGGGAACCUUUACUUUCACUCCUCUCCCUUAGCUGACGACCAGAACCAGGACCAUGUCCAGAUUCUGGAUUCAGGACCAACCGCAGACUUAGCGAUGGCCCCGAGGAAGAGGCCCAGAGGCAGAAGUCACGUCGGCCCGUCGUCUCUGUCACACGGCCGUUUUCACGCUCAGUCGGGCAAAAAGACGGUGAAAUGUGACGUCUGUGGAAAGUUUUUUCGGGAUAAACAUGACAUGCAGCGCCACUACCGGAUCCACACGGGCGAGCGGCCGUACGAGUGUAAAGUGUGCCGGAAGAGUUUCACUCAGAACGGAACCCUGUUGGUCCACAUGAAGACCCACACGGGGGAGAAACCCUUCCUCUGUUCCACGUGCGGGAAGAACUUCCCCAUGCGCUGGAUCCUGGUGGCCCACAUGAGGAUCCACACCGGGGAGAGGCCCUACUCCUGUGGGGAAUGUGGGAAAAACUUCACCCACAAGAACAGCUUGAAGCAUCACAUGAACAUCAGCCACGAUGGGAACAGCUGACUGGAGUCUGGUGGGAGUCGACUCUGAUCCCUGACGGGGGGUCGUCUCUUGGUGCUUUUCCACUAGUCCCUACGCAGCGCGACUCGACUCGUUCCGUGCUGAGUAGAUACUUUUCUGUUUCUACUCUUCCCGAGGUUCUAAGCGUCUGAGUCGGGCUGUGAUGUCAUCACACUACAGGCCACCGAUUGGUUGGGGGGUUGGAGUCAGACGUCUGAGUCAGGAGUGACAUCAGAGAAAGAGCGACUCUGACGGCGGCGUCUGUCCCCCGGACCACUGGCCGACCUGCUCCACCACCUGGGCCUCUACCGAUGUCUGUCACGUAGAAAUGUGACGUUGCUGUACGUCGGUGAUGUAAAGACCAUUUAUGAUCCACUGUUACUUCACUUGAACAUUUACAACCCCGGUUCCAAAAAAGUUGGGACGCCGUGUAAAACCCGAAAUAAAAACACGCAAAUCCCACAACCCCAUAUUUGACUCCCACCAGAACACAAACAUCAGAGGCUUUUGUCCUUUUGGUGAAACUAUGAGCUCAUUUUGACUCUGAUGGCAGCAGCACAUCUGUGAAACGGCUGGAACGGGGGGAUGUUUCUGGGUGUGGAGCGUCUGCUCUCCGAACAUCUGUCUGAACAUCUGGGAGCUGAGGAGACCAGUUGCUGCUGGAGUUUCAGGGCGGGGAGGUUGUCCGGUUCCGGUUCCUGCAGGACUCCAGCUGCUCAGCAGGCCUGGACCUUUGGUUUCACCUUUGGACCCGUUUCCAUGUGUUUCCAUGUGUUUCUAUUUUAUCAUCAAUCUAUUUAUUGUUUCUUUUUUACUCAUCUUAAACAUUCUUAGACCCCAGAAAGCUAAGUGCACUUUAAAACACACGUAUUUUAAAUGUUGAAUAUCUGUUAUGUGCAAUUGUGUGUUUGUUUGUAUGUCCUUAAGCUGCUGUCUUGCCUUUUAAAUUGCCCCUAGGGGACAAAUAAAGUGAUUUGAAUUGAAUUUCCACCCGUUUCCAUGUGUUUCAACGUGUUUCCACUUGUCAUUUAUGUUCUCUUGAGAAUAAAGCCUGGCAUCGUGACGUUUGCAAAUCAUUGCAUUUUCUUUUCAUCG